AUGGCUGACUUGGAUCACAACCUCAGUCUUGCGGAUGCUCUGACAGAGCCGACUCCCGAGAUUGAGGAAGAAGUGAAAAGGGACUUCAUUGCCACUCUGGAAGCAGAGAAAUUCGAUGAUGUGGUUGGAGAAACAGUAGAUAAAACAGACUAUGUUCCUCUGCUGGAUGAUGACGACGCGAAAGCUGGGAGCCAGGAACCAAAAAGCAAACCCCAUGCAGACGGUGUUCAGGUGGAACAUACUUCAGCUUCUGGGCCAACAGUUGUAGAAAAUGGUGACCAUGGAAUAGAAGAUCACCGCACAG